AUGCUGAUAUGACAUUACACAUAAUGAUUAUAUACCAAUGGUACAUAACCACGAAACUAUUUCUUAAAUAAUUUAUUUUAGUGAAUUUAGCAUCAAGAUAAUGAAACUAUUGUAUUUCUUUGAAGAGGAAAUCGUAAUUAUAAAUUUAUUUAUUUUGUGUAUACCUAUAGGACCUAUAGGAUUAACAAAUGGUUAUCCCGUAAAGAAAGACUUAGUGGAAUCUGAAACAAACAAUGAGACAUCAUUUCCCAAUGGGACUAUAGUAGGGAAAUACAAUUACAAGGAUAACGAUGGGAAUCCAGUUCACGUUAAAUAUUUUGCUGAUGCUUCUGGAUACGGUGUGGAAUUAAAGACUAUCAAAAUGAACACCGCCGACGCACCUUGCCAUGAUAAAUUAAAUAAUAUAAAGUACAUGUUACAACCUGAAGCGGAACAAGAUACAACUUCAACGACAUUGAGUCCUAUAACAGACGUGUUUACGUCAACAAAGCCUCCAGAAACACCUAAAGAUUCAAAAAAUAUAGAGGGCGGUGAGGGUGCUUACAAAGGUGAUCCAGAUUACGAAAUAUUCGUGAAUAAUGAACUGAAAACGUCCAAGAAAUGUGGUCAGGAGAAAGUGCAUGUGUAUCAUGAAAAAACUAAGAGGAAGUCCCGUACUGUAAGCGAGUUUGAUGCGAUGAGCUACUGUGAACAGAUGUUUUCUUAAAUAAAAUAAUAUUACAUUUUA